UUCCCAGACAGCUUCCCUCUGCACCAGCACUGCACUCAGCAGACAGUACAGACUUUGCACACUCGCUGUGAUUUCCCUUCAUCAUUUUCUCCUGCUACACAUGGCUUGCCCGGGUCGUUCCCUUUGAAAAGUUCAGGACCCACUUGGAGCUGAAACAUGCUGAGGUGUGUUCUUCAGAGAGCCACCCAUCUCCCCAAUGUGGAGAAGGGAGACAGACAGAGCGACCCUGUUGCUAGCCUAACAUUUCGAGGGUCUAAGAAAAAAACUAAAGUCAUCAAGAAUAACUUGAAUCCAGUCUGGAAUGAGGGGUUCGAAUGGGACCUGAAGGGGGUCCCACUGGACACCAGCGCUGAGAUGCGCGUGGUGGUGAAGGACCAUGAGAAGAUGAGCAGGAACCGGUUUCUGGGAGAAGCCAGUGUGUCCCUCCGAGAUGUGCUCAGUUCACAGAAUCUGGCUGCCAGUUACCAUGUGCCUCUACUGGACAACAAGAAACAGAGCACAGGGGCCACACUCAACCUGCAGGUUUCCUACAUCGCUCCCCCAGGGACAGCUCCGGUGUUCCCCCCUCCUGCUCCCCCCGAAGCCCAGCAUGCCUCUGCUGAGCUCGACACUGUCACAGAUACCGGCGGUGAAGAGGAGACAGAGGACCAAGUGGAGAUUGCUGAGGAGGCAGAGCCAGCUGUGGUGACGUCCGGGCAAGAGCCCCCUGCCCUGCCCAAGAAGAACUCGACGCUCCCUGUCCAUGGCAUCAAGAAGAAGAGGAGCAGUGCCAAGGAGCCGCUCUCCAACAAACCACAGGACUUCCAGAUCAGAGUUCGGGUCAUCGAUGGUAGACAGCUCCCAGGAGUCAACCUCAAACCCGUUGUCAAGAUCACCGUCGCUGGGCAGACAAAGAGAACCAGGAUUAGAAAAGGAAACAAUCCCUCUUUUGACGAGACCUUCUUCUUUAACUUCUUCGAAUCUCCAUCUGAACUCUUUGAUGAGCCAGUCUUUAUCACAGUUUUUGAUUCUCGUUCUCUUCGCACUGAUUCGGUUAUCGGAGAAUUUAAGCUUGAUGUGGGAACAGUAUAUGCACAGCCAAAGCAUGCCUUCCUCAGGAAGUGGCUCCUGCUCUCUGACCCUGAUGACAUUUCUGCUGGGGUGAAAGGUUACCUGAAGGUCAGCCUGUGUGUGCUGGGUGUCGGGGAUGAGGCACCGACGGAGAAGAAGGAAGUGACAGAGGAAAAGGAGGAUAUCGAGGGGAACCUGCUCCGGCCUGCGGGCCUGGCUCUGAGAGGAGCACAGUUCACACUCAAGAUCUACAGAGCUGAGGACCUGCCACAGAUGGAUGAUGCAUUCUUAGACGGGAUGAAACAGAUCUUUGGAUUUGACAGCAACAAGAAGAAUCUUGUUGAUCCCCUGGUUGAAGUUUGCUUCGCUGGAAAGACGAUCUCCAGUAAGAUCCUUGAGAAGAACGCCAACCCGCAAUGGAACCAGAGUCUAACUCUACCCAUCAGGUUUCCUUCCAUGUGUGAGAAAAUGAGGAUCCGUCUGAUAGACUGGGACAGAGCGAGCCACAAUGAUGUCAUUGGUACCGCCUUCCUGUGCAUGUCUAAAAUUUCAGCACCUGGCGGAGAACUCGAAGAUGAUUUUCCACCGAAGACCUUCAGCAAAAACAGUUUCGAUGACAGUCUGGGGUUCCUACCCACCUUUGGCCCCUGCUAUAUAAACCUGUACGGAAGUCCGAGGGAAUUCACUACAUUUUCGGAUCCCUACGAGCCACUGAACCUGGGGAAGGGGGAGGGAGUGGCGUACCGAGGAAGGGUGCUGGUGGAGCUGAACACCAAGCUGGUGGAGCGCGUGGAGCAGAGGGUGGAGGACAUCCCUGCAGACGACCUGCUGGUGGUGGAGAAGUUCAUGCGGAAGCGUAAGUACUGCCUGUUCGCUUCCUUCUACUCGGCCACCUUGCUGCAGGACGUGGAUGAUGCCAUCCAGUUCGAAGUCAGUAUUGGUAACUAUGGCAACAAGUUCGACAACACCUGCCUGCCACUGGCCUCGACUACACAGUACAGCUGCGCCGUGUUCGACGGGUGCCAUUACUACUACCUGCCCUGGGGAAAUAUAAAGCCAGUGGUGGUGCUGUCAUCGGAGUGGGAGGAUAUCAAGCCUCGGAUCGACUCCCUGAACAUGUUGCUGUACAUGGUGGACAGACUGGAAGCCAACUUGGAUCAGGUUCAUCUGGCCAUCAAAGCCAACAGCUCCUUGGAGGAGGUGUACAGCAAAUUAGCACAGCUCUUAGAUGAUGUCAUCAGCGACUCCAGCCUCGAGCUUCCAGACAUUCAGCAGUGGCCGUGCGCGACCCCUCUGGACAAGUACAUUCACCGCUUCCGCAGGAUCAACCUUUCUCAGAUGGAGCAGAUGGCCCAGCAGCUAAAACACGGAGAGAACACAGCGCUGAGCACCGUGCUGGAGCAGGCUGAGGACUGGCUGCUGAGACUGCGAGGCAUGGCUGAGGAGCCUCAGAACAGCAUGCCAGACAUUGUGAUCUGGAUGCUGCAAGGAGACCGGCGCAUAGCUUACUACCGCAUCCCUGCCCACGAGGUCCUGUACUCCAGGAGCAAGGGUGGGGCCAGCUACUGUGGCAAGAACUGUGGCCAGCUUCAGACCAUAUUUAUGAAGUCUCCACAGAAUGAGGGUAAGCAGUUUAAGAUCCCUGCACAGGUGCGGGUUCGAGUGUGGUUCGGCCUGUCUGCGGAUGUGAAGGAGUUCAAUCAGUACGCAGAAGGGAAGCUCUCUGUGUUUGCAGAAACGUAUGAGAACCAGACCAAACUGGCGCUAGUUGGAAACUGGGGGACCACUGGCCUGACGUACCCCAAGUUCACAGACAUCACUGGCAAAAUCAAACUACCCAAAGCCAGCUUCCACCCCUCGCCUGGGUGGACCUGGGCUGGGGAAUGGUUCAUCAGUCCAGAAAAGACGCUCCUUUAUGAUGCUGACGCUGGUCACAUGACUUUCAUGGAGGAGGUGUUUGAGAAUCACAUGCGGCUGCCGGGGGGACAGUGGAUAGGGAUGCCAGAGGGCUACACCAAUGUGAAUGGAGAGAAGGCGCUGCCGAAGGAUGACAUUGAGCCCCCACCGGGCUGGGUGUGGGUGGAUGAGGAGUGGUCUGAAGAUCUAAACCGAGCCGUUGACGACGGAGGUUGGGAGUACGGCAUCACCAUCCCUCCGGACCGCAAGCCCAAGUCAUGGGUGCCGGCUGAGAAGAUGUACCACACCAACCGCCGACGGCGCUGGGUCAGGCUGCGCCGGAGAGACCUCAAGCAGACAGAGGCACUGAGAAAGCAGCUGCCGGGUGAGUUGGAGCAGGAGGGCUGGGAGUAUGCCUCUCUCUUCGGAUGGAAAUUCCACCUCAAGCAGCGCAAGACCGACUUGUUCCGCCGGCGUCGCUGGAGGUACCGCAUGGAGCCGCUAGAGAAGACUGGCCCUGCCGCAGUCUUCGCGCUCGAGGGCUCGCUGGGAGGAGUGAUGGAUGAGAAGAAUGACGACAAAUCAGUGACUGCAAGCUUUGGAGUGAAUCGACCCACCAUCUCCUGCAUGUUCGAUAGUGGGACUCGUUACCAUCUGCGUUGCUACAUGUACCAGGCUAGAGACCUUAUUGCCAUGGACAAAGACAGCUUCUCAGACCCCUACGCCAUUGUGUCCUUCCUCCACCAGAGCCAGAAGACAGUGACCAUCCGCAACACCCUCAACCCCACCUGGGACCAGACCCUCAUCUUCUACGAGAUCGAGAUCUUUGGUGACCCCCAGGUGACCGAGGAGAACCCCCCCAACAUCAUGGUGGAGAUUUACGAUCAGGACACCUACGGUGCUGAUGAAUUCAUGGGGCGCUGCGUGUGCCGGCCCAGCCUGGAGCCCUCUCCACGACUGGCCUGGUACACAGUGACCAGGGGGAGUAAGAACACUGGGGAGCUGCUUGCUGCUUUCGAGCUCAUCCGCAGAGAGACGCCUGCAAUCCAUCACAUUCCAGGCCUCGAGGGGGAGUUUACACCUACCAAUACACUGGAUGAGCUGAGUCUUCCAGGCUUCUUCUUUGAGAAUCUCCAGCAAUGGCCAGCGGACACAGACCUGCCCAUCCCUCCUCCACAGAGGGAGCCCAACAUCUACACGUUGCCACAGGAAAUCAAGCCUGUACUGCAACGCACUGCUAUCGAGAUCCUGGCCUGGGGUGUGAGGAACCUGAAAAGCUUCCAGCUGGCGAGUGUGGCCUCGCCCAGCCUGCAGGUGGAGUGCGGGGGUCAGAUGGUACAGUCCUGUGUCAUCCGCAGCGCCAAGAAGAAGCCCAACUUUGACAUCAGCGUGCUCUUCAUGGAAGUGUGUCUGCCCACGGAAGAGCUGUACUCUCCACCCAUCAUCGUGAAGGUCAUUGAUAACAGGCAGUUCGGCAGGAAGCCCGUGGUGGGGCAGUGCACCAUCAAGGACCUGAAGCAAUACCACUGCGACCCUGACAGGCUGGAGAGGGAACCCAGUGACCACCAACCAGAUGAGAUCAGCCUCACCCCUCAUGAUGAUGUGCUGAUAGACAUCGAUGACAAACAGCCUCUCAUUCCAGGACAGUACCGGUAUUCCAGAUGGUGGUUGAAGAAGAAAAGUCUACUUGCGGACGGCAUGACGAGCUCAGCAAUUAUUAAUCUCACAUCCUCUCGGUCCAGCCUCCAUGAAGAGGAGUUCAUGGACUGGUGGAGCAAGUUCUAUUCCUCCACUGGUGAAAGAACCAAGUGUGGAACCUACUUGGAGAAGGGCUUCGACACACUUCAGGUGUAUGACAAAGAGCUAGAGAAGGUGGAGGAGUUUGAGGGGCUUACUGAUUUCUGCCAGACCUUUAAACUGUACAGAGGCAAGUCUCAGGAUGACAUCGAGGACCCGUCAGUGGUGGGAGAGUUUAAGGGGAUGUUUAAGAUCUACCCGCUGCCUGAUGACCCGUCCCUGCCCGUCCCACCUCGCCAGUUCAGACAGCUUCCUCCCAAUGGCAUCGAGGAGUGUCUCAUCAGAGUCUACGUGGUGCAAGCCACAGGCCUGCAGCCCAAGGACAGCAACGGCAAGUGUGACCCCUAUGUCAAGAUCUCUUUGGGCAAGAAGUCUGUCAAUGACCAGGACAGCUAUAUCCCCUGCACGCUGGACCCUGUCUUCGGAAAACUGUUUGAGUUGACAUGCGCGCUGCCGCUGGAGAAAGACCUGAAGAUCGCACUGUACGACUAUGACCUGCUGUCUAAGGACGAGAAGAUCGGGGAGACUGUCAUCGACCUGGAGAACCGCUUCCUCUCCAAAUACGGGGGGCGCUGCGGGCUGCCACAGUCAUACUGCCUGUCAGGGAUGAACCAGUGGCGAGAGCAGCUCAAACCGUCCCAACUGCUGCACCACUUCUGUCAGCAGAGAAACUACAAGCUGCCAGUGUACAAGCAUGACCGCAUCAACUUCCGAGGACAUGAGUACACUCUCACUGACCUGGAGGAUGUGAAGCCCCCUAACCCUCACCUGGGUCCUCCAGGGGAGCGGCUGGCGCUGUACAUUCUCCGCAAGCAGGGCCUGGUUCCGGAGCAUGUAGAGACCAGGCCUCUCUACAGCCCCCUGCAGCCCGAAAUUGAGCAGGGGAGGCUCCAGCUCUGGGUCGACAUGUUCCCAAAGUCUCUUGGCCCUCCAGGACCCCCAUUUAACAUCACACCACGCAAGGCAAAGAGGUUUUACCUGCGCUGUGUCAUCUGGAACACCAGCGAUGUUAUACUGGAUGAUGUCAGUGUUACUGGAGAGAAGAUGAGUGACAUUUAUGUGAAAGGUUGGAUGCUGGGCUAUGAGGAAAACAAGCAGAAGACUGACGUGCACUACCGCUCUCUGGGUGGAGAGGGGAACUUCAACUGGAGGUUCAUCUUCCCCUUCGACUACCUGCCUGCCGAGCAGGUGUGCACCUUCAACAAGAAGGAACACUUCUGGAGCUUGGAUAAGGAAGAAACCAAGACCAGCCCCAAGCUGAUGAUUCAGAUAUGGGACAACGACAAAUUCUCCUUUGAUGACUAUUUGGGUUCUGUGGAGUUGGACCUGAACAGGAUGGUGCGUCCCUCGAAGAACCCAGAGAAGUGCACCCUGGACAUGUUGGAGCAGUCCCUCUGCCCAGAGAAACUCGUCUCGCUCUUCGAGCAGAAGACCAUGAGGGGCUGGUGGCCCUGUGUAGGGGAGAGCAAUGGGGAGAAGAUAAUUGCAGGGAAGGUGGAGAUAACUCUGGAGAUCGUGUCUGAGCAGGAACGGGAUGAGAAGCCUGCUGGACUGGGCAGAGAGGAACCUAACAUGAAUCCCAAACUGGAGGACCCCAAGCGCCCUGAGACAUCCUUCCUGUGGUUCUCCUCUCCAUUUAAAACGAUGAAAUACAUCCUGUGGAGGAGGUUCAAGUGGAUCAUCAUUGCUGUCAUCAUCAUUGUCAUUCUGCUGCUCUUCCUUGGAGUCUUCCUCUACUCCUUCCCGAACUAUGCUGCUAUGAAGUUGGUGGGACCCUUUGCAAAACGAGAGGCCGAUGAGACCAUCAGGCCUGUUGAGAGACGGGGGGGUGAGGAGCCACUAACAUCCCUUGGAGGUUAGGAGCUGACCACUGUAGAGACAGCUCAGGACUGCGUCAGUGCCAUGGAACUCACAAAGGCAACUGGCAGUGAACUCUCAUGUUCAGACCUUCAUAAUACAUUUAUGUGUUUUAUUUUGUUGUUUAAGUUUCAUAAUCUACAUAAUGUGCAUAUUGGUUUUCUUUUGCUGACACUCUCUGAAAUGCAAGAGUUUUCAGAUUGAAUGCAUGCUUUCCUAUGAUGGGACACUGGCCAGGAGAUCAGUGAAUUCUACAUGUGAGUAAGAGACAGCUUGUAGAACAGCCAUAAUAGCUGUAGCUUCAUGUCAUACCCUUGAAAACAAUGGAUACAUUGCAGCAUAGGCUAGCGUUAUUAUCAGGCAAACCGUGUUUACCAUUUAUUUGUUCCAAAUACCCAAAACGUUAUUGUUUAGAUACAAUACGUGCCUUUAGUAUUAACAAUGAUAGGCAAUUGAUCUGAUUACCUCACCCCUGGAGAUACAGCCUCAGACUGAUACACUGAUGGUCCAUGAUGAUCCUGGCGGUAUUGGUAGCUUCUCUGUCUGUGUAUGCCUCUUUGCCUGGUAUUUAUAAUAUAGUAGUCUCAGAUCAAAUAUGACCACAGUUUAUUUUUGUUAUCUUACUAAUUAUUACCGUGUUAAAUUUCUGCACAGGCUUUAUCACUUAUUCCGAAGUCACCUCCAGCAAUCUGAUUUAACAUUACCAACACAUUUUCUCUCAUAUGAUUACCAACACAUUUUCUCUCAUAUGAUUAUCAAUACAUUUUCUCUCAUAUGAUUAGCAAUGCAUUUCACUCUACAGGUGUAUUGUGCCAGGAACAGAUAAGGUAUGCCUUACCAACUAAUGUAAAAACGAUGUCGGUGUCGCGUCGGUUUUGUGCGCGGCUGAAACCGACACCGACACGACACGAUACCGAAGGAUUUUGUUUGUCGGCGGGUUUUCAAACAUGUCGGUCUAGUGUGUGGUGGUCUGAACACACAAAGGGCUACAUUUUCAAAGUUAUUUAUCCCAAUUUGUCAUUAGCAGAAAAAUAAAUAAAAAAUCAGAAAGGAUAAUUGCACCCAAUAAAGUUACCAAACCAGAAAUAAACAACUAAGACUUCUAAUUCAGGACUUGAAUGAAGUAUUAUGGUUUUUUUUUUGUUUCCAUUCAUAAAAUAAAUUGCUCGAAUGACAACUUGUGGUAAAUAGGUUUGAGAAUCUAGACCGAAGUGUUGUACCAUUAAGCAAGAAUAGAUUGACAAGCAGUUCGAUAGGCAGGCAGUUAAAUUGGCAGAGGGAGGUCAGCAAAAGAAAAUGGCAAAGACUUUGGAUAAGGUAAUGCUUUUCCUGUGACCAUAUGAGGUGACCACCCACACACUACAAUACUGUAUCUAGACCUUGGUGUUUUCUGUGAUUAACCACACAUGGGGCCUGAUUUUUAAAACUUGGUACAUGGAUUUCUUACCUCCACACACCGAGUAAACUCCUAGUCUCCAUGUUGCUUGGGUCAGGAGAAAAGCUGAUUUCUUUCCCAGAGGUCCUUGAUAUAAUAAUUUUUUGGUGUCAGUUAUUGUCCCUCCUCUAUGAAGCCCCCCCUUCCUGCGUAUGCUUGGGUAAGGUAUAGUAUUGGCUUUUUCGUACUUUCAUUCUUUGUUUUGUUUGUAAAAACAAAAAAACAAACAAAAAAAAUAUUAUUAUUAUUAUUAUUAUUAGUCGUAGUAGUAGGGAUUAUAUAGUACAGUGCUCCCUCGCUAUAAGUCGGGUCUCGGCGGACCCACAAUAUGAGCGUUAUAACCGAAGCGCAUUAUAAAUGGGGGAGGGGGUAGAGAGCGCCACGGGACACAUAAAACACACAUCUGACUAAAAUACAAAAUAACUCCGUCUUUAUAAUGCACAUAUAGAGAAGCAAAAAUGUAACAUUCCAAGAAUUCACCAUGCAUAAAGCACCAUAUAAUCAACGCUGUAUUUUUUACAAAAAAAUGUAAAAAAAAAAAAAAGGUAACAUUCCCACUUGUGGAUCAUUUUAAUUAGCAGUUUUUAAACUAUAAAUAGCCUCGCUAAACGGCGGUUGGGAGUUCAGUUCAACAAGCAAACCAAGUGCAAGUAGGAGAGCGGGUCGGGCGAGGGGAAGAGGGAAUGGGCUCGCCCCAGGUUCAGCUGCCGGAGUGGGGCUGAAGCAAAGCUGAAGCGCCUCGUCUCCCAGAGAAAGCUGCAGCUCCGCUCACAGAAAAAAAGUAAAUACAUUAGGAAAGAUAACCACGUAAUAGGCCUAAUAUUUAUUUAGUUAUAAAACGAAUGCUGAAUAAGAUGUCUGGGUUAUAAAGUGCCAGUGCAGCUUUUCUUCAGUUUAGAUACUGUAUCAAAAGGGAGAGACAGAAACGAAAGUUAGACUGAGAAGUUGUUUACAGUUUGAACAACACUGAUACUGUAUUUACUGUAGAAAUAUUGCAUGAAUCACUAGUAUAUGGAAUUGGGGGACAUGCUGUAGGAGCGUUAUAUCUGAGGCGUGUUAUACGUGAGAGUCUUACAAUGAGGGAGCACUGUAUAUCUCUUUCGUUUUCUUCUAGCAAUUGCUAGUUUUUCUUUCCUGGGGCUAUCGAUCUUUCUCACACACAUGCCUUCUGUGUGUUCAAUGUGUGCUUCUCCUCUCUCACCAUCUUGUGGUUGAGAGGUUUGUCUAAUGUGUGUUGACAUGUCAGAUACACCAACACAUAGGGGGAAAGACUCCUUCACCCCCAGUUUCGUGUGCUGAUAAGUCUCGCCCUUCAUCUUCAGCUAAAACAUCAACUAAAAGACCAAGUAGUUCCACAGAGCACCAGAGCUCUGCCUGGUCUCCCCCUAGGAAGAGAACGAGUAAAUCCACUCAUUCCCACGGCAGCAGGGAGAAAGAUGGACCAGCUAAAACAGCGGUGGCCAUUACUGAGAUUCCAACCGAGGCUGCCCAGCCUGCGACUUCACAGGAAUGAAUGCCCCCGGUAACUAAAGAUAUAUUUUUUCAGUGGCUGCAGGAGUUUGAAAACCUGUACCUCUACAACCAAUAGCCCCGGUGGCUGUUACGGGGACUGCAGCAGCUUGGAGUACACAAAAGCAAUUCUACUCUGCUGACACACGCAUCACGGGAGACGAUAACGUCAUGGACUCUGAUGAUGACGUUUCAGUAGCUGGAGAGAGUACUUCAAUGGUAUAUACUAAUGCAAAGGCGGUUUUGAGAAGUCUGGCUAUUAGUGUUCCUCUCUCAAGGCCAAUAACCAGGGAUGCACCAAAUCCAGGAUUCGGUUUCGGAUUCAGCCUGAAUACCUAGUUUUUGAGCAGGGUUCGGAUUUGGACGAAUACUUACGAAUCCUACAUCUGCCCAAACACACACCCUUUUUAAUACAUCCCUCCAAUGUGUGCAGUUCUUCUUUAAAUAAGACACAAAUCCGGUAUUGAACGUAACUGUUGUAUUUAAUAACAGGUAUUGAAGAACAGAACAUGUUUGAUGAACUCUGUCGCAGCUAUCAACUCCCUAAAUUACUGGUGGCGCAUGCACUAAACAUGUCACGUAGCUGCUGAAUGUAAACAUACCCCCCACCCCCCCCCACCCCAUAUGCAACACAGCACAGUCACAUCACAUUUUUCAUGGAGUAAAGUUAUGCAGUAAACCUGUAAUAUAUAUGCUAACGGCAAACUGUUGUAGACUUUUGUGCUUUGUUGCUUUGUCUGUGAAACCUGUUCCAGAGAUCAUACUGAGAUUUAAAAAAUAUAUAAUAAUAUUUCAAAAUAUAUAUUUUUUGUAACUUUACAACUGUCAGAUGUGCAAGACAUUGUUGAAAAAUAUGCUUUAGUAAAUGACAUUUUACGUUAUUGUAAUGUGCCAAUACAAGUUGAACCACUUGGGAA